CUCGCGCGACCAGCCUCCUCUCCCAACGUCACAUUGUGCGAGAGACAAAACCGGGGCGCGCCGGAGCUCACACGCGCACGCAUACACAGACGACCCUGUCGCCUCUUCUCUCCCGGCGCUGCUGAGAAACCAGCCCUCCCUCUUCCUUCCUGGGGCGCAGAGGCUCAGGCGGCUCAGCGCGUGGCCGAGAGCCAAUCCAGGAGGCGAAGAAAACCCGAGGACGAACCUUCUUUCUCCGCUGCCUGCCCGAGAGCGGAGGCUUCUCCUCUCCAGCCCUGAACUCCGAUCUCCCACCCCACCCCUCUGGGUGUCACAGAGACGGUACCCGGAGACGGGUGUGCCCCCGUUUGGAAUCAACGUUUCAGCACUUCGGACAGCGCCCGGGAGCCCGGGCCCUUGUGCGUUGGCUAUGGCGAGCGUUCAGCAAGGCGAGAAACAGCUUUUUGAGAAGUUCUGGCGAGGAACCUUCAAAGCGGUGGCCACCCCGCGUCCCGAGAGCAUCAUUGUUGCCAGCAUCACAGCCCGCAAGCCGCUGCCAAGGGCAGAGCCCCAGAGCAACUCCAUGGUGCCAGCCCAGGAUGGAGCCUCAGAAAAGCUAGGACCAUGUCUAGUUACUGAGGCCUUGGGCACCAACAGCUGGGAGAGAGACAAGGCCUGCCGAGAACUGGGUCCUACCAGAGCACACAGUGCCUCCCGUGACAAAGACUUGACACCACCCCCUUCCUCCAGGGGGAAGAAGAAAAAGAAGAAAUCUACCCGGAAGAAGAGAAGGAGGUCCCCGUCCUAUAGCCCAUCGCCUGUCAAGAAAAAGAAGAAGAAGAGUUCCAAGAAACACAAGCGACGCAGGUCAUUCUCCAAGAAGAGAAGGCACAGCUCGUCUAGCCCAAAAAGCAAAAGAAAGGAGGAGAAGAGGCACAAAAAGCAAUCGCGAAGCCGGCCCCGAAAGUCUCACCGCCACCGCCGUCACCGCUGCCCCUCACGGUCCCAGAGCUCAGCAUCCCGCUCCUCAAGCUGUGAGAGCAGGCAUCGAGGCCGGUCCCCUGAGGAAGGGCGAAAGUCCCGCCGAAGGCACUCUCGUCGCUGCUCCAAGACCCUCAGCAAGGCCAGUCCGGAGGCCCGGUCCAGUCACCCACCUAGCCAAUCCCUCCAGAUGCUGGGCUUCCUGUCGGCCAGGGGUGUAAUCACUGGGUCGGGGUCUGCUGCUGACCUCUUUACCAAAACAGCCAGCCCGCUCACCACCUCCAGAGGACGCUCCCAGGAGUACGACUCAGGCAAUGACACAUCCUCGCCACCCUCCACACAAACCAGCUCAGCCAGGUCUCGGGGCCAGGAGAAGGGGAGCCCCAGUGGGGGCCUAAGCAAGAGCCGGGAGCUCCACAGCGGCAACACCUCCGAUUCAGGGAACUCCUUCACCACCUCCUCACCCCAGAACAAGGGGGCCAUUUUGGAGAAUCUCUCCCCCACCAGCAGGGGCAGGGAGUCAAGAGGAUUUCAGUCACCAUGUCUGGAAUGUGCUGAGGUGAAAAAGUCCAGUUUGGUCUAUUCCACAGCCCGGAGCUCCCCCGUGAAAGGGUCCUCCCGCAGCUCCUCCUAUGCCAGCACCCGAUCUUCCAGCCACUCCUCUAGAUCCCCAAAUCCCAGGGCUUCCCCUAGGUACACUCGGAGCAGAUCCACCUCCUCUGAAAAAAGGUCCUACUCCCGCUCUCCCAGCUAUUCCUCCAAGUCUGGCAAAAGAAGCCCGCCUAGCAGAAGCUCUCGAUCCCGCCGCAGCCCCAGCUACUCCCGCUACAGCCCCAGCAGGGAACGGGACCCCAAAUACAAUGAAAAGGACUCGCAGCAACGGGAACGUGAGAGGGCGCGUCGGAGACGUCGGUCCUACUCUCCCAUGAGGAAGCGCCGGAGAGACUCCCCUAGUCACCUGGAGGCCCGCAGGAUAACAAGUGCCCGGAAACGUCCCAUCCCCUACUACCGGCCUAGUCCCUCUUCGUCCAGCAGCCUCAGCAGCGCCUCCUCCUGGUACAGCAGCAGCAGCAGCAGCCGCCGGAGCUGAAGCGGUAGUCGAAGCCGAAGUCGAAGCCGGAGCCGGAGUCAGAGCCGGAGUCGGAGCCGGAGCCGGAGCAGGAGCAGGACCCGCACUAGCAGCAGCUCAAGCUCCCGCAGCCCCAGCUUGGGCUCCCGGAGCCACAGUCGGAGCCGGAGCCGGAGCUACCGCUCAGCGGACAGCUACUCCAGCACCAGGCGCUAAGCGAGCACCUUCCCUUGAGCCGGCUGCCCGUGGGGGCCCCUCUGGCUCCGCCAGUCUCCCCCACUACCUGCCCUCCCUGCCUUCUCCUUGGUGACAGAUAUUGAGGGCUCUUGGACCCUGUCCUCCCUGCUCUCCUGGGGAGGAGGGAAAAAGGGUACAGGGGUUUUACCUUCUAUGUCGAGCUGCUAGGAGCCUCUACCAGCACCAUCCCGGGGCUCACCUCAGGCCUGGGCCUACGGAGAAGCCAUCCUCUUGUGGCACAAAAACAAAACAAAACACCCUCAAGGUUUUAUGAGAAGCAGUGGGUCCAUACUCAAGAGUUUGGGCCCAGCCAGGCAAGUGUGGAGACAGUUCUGCUCCCCUGCUCUCAGGAGGCUCCCGGAGAGGCCCCACCCACCCACCUCCCUUCAUUCAACCUCAUGGCUGCAUGUUUGUGGACCCCCAUGGCAGGAAGAGGAGACAGCAAAGUGGCCACAGGCAAUGAAGUCCUGGCUUCCCAUGAGGCUCCUGGCGAGACCUAAGCCCCACCCACCAAGACUAACGGAUGCCAAUACUGUCACCAGAGAAGGCCGGAUGGCAGGUGCCUGGGACAGGGGCAGGUGCCCCAGGAGGGCAUGUACAGCUACUGUAAAUAACCUUCUUCCCCACCCAGCAACCCAGACUGGACUCCAGUCUCCUUUCAUGGAGACACAGGCUUCCCGGGAGCCACCAAACCUCCUUAGUGGGACAGCCAUGGGAGAGGCACCUGCUCCUCCUGUUUGGACUGCCUUCCUUCAGACAGCUCCAGGGGAUCCUUUUGCUGGGGCUCCUA